CCCCCACCCCCAUCCCCCUCACCUCCCCCCCUCCCCCAUCCCCCCAAUCCCUCCCCCUCACACCACCCUCACUCCCCCCAGCACCCCCUCCCCUCACCUCCCCCCAACCCCCCUCCCCUCAUCCCCCUCACACCUCCCACCCCCUCCCCUCCUCCCCCUCCCCCCCCCUCACCCCCACCCCCUCCCCCCACUCCCUCCCCCUCACCCCCACCCCCUCCCCCAUCCCCUUCACCUCCCCCCACUCCCUCCCCCUCCCCCCCCUCCCCUCAUCCCCCUCCCCCUCUCCCCUCCCCCUCACACCCCCCACCGCCUCCCCCCACCGCCUCCCCUCACCCCCCACCCCCAUCCCCCCCCCCUCCCCCCACUCCCUCCCCCUCACCCCCCACCCCCUCCCCCAUCCCCCUCACCUCCCCCCCACUCCCUCCCCCUCCCCAUCACCCUCCCCCUCCCCCUCACACCACCCUCACCCCCCCCGGCACCGCCCCCACCCCCUCCCCUCAUCCCCCUCCCCCUCUCCCCUCCCCCUCACACCCCCCACCGCCUCCCCCCACCGCCUCCCCUCACCCCCCACCCCCAUCCCCCUCACACCACCCUCACUCCCCCCGGCACCCCCCACCCCCUCCCCUCCCCCCUCCCCCCUCACCCCCCACCCCUCUCCCCUCCCCCUCACACCCCCCCCCGCCUCCCCUCACUCCCUCCCCCUCACCCCCACCCCCUCCCCCCACUCCCUCCCCCUCACCCCCACCCCCUCCCCCAUCCCCCUCACCUCCCCCCCACUCCCUUCCCCUCCCCAUCACCCUCCCCCUCCCCCUCACACAACCCUCACUCCCCCCGGCACCGCCCCCACCCCCUCCCCUCAUCCCCCUCCCCCUCUCCCCUCCCCCUCACACCCCCCACCGCCUCCCCUCACCCCCUCCCCCUCACACCCCCCCACCGCCUCCCCCCUCACCCCCCACCCCUCCACCCCCCCCACCGCCUCCCCUCACCCCUCCACCCCCCCCAACCCCCUCCCCCUCACCUCCCCACCCCCCUCCCUCCCCCUCCCCCUCCCCCUCACCCCACCCUCCCCCUCCCCCUCACCCCCCACCCCUCUCCCCACCCCCUCCCCCUCCCCCAUCCCCUCCACCUCCCCCAACCCCCUCCCCCCCCUCACCCCCCCCACCCCCGCGUCCGCCACCUUCACCGUCCGGACUCCGUCAGCGCCGCGCACCGCCGCCCUCCGCCCGGGACACACAUCCGGUCCGCCGCGACAGAGGCUCGGGCGGAAGCCGGAACCCGGCCCGUCGGCUCCGGGCCCUGGCGGCGCCGGCUGGGGACGGCGUGACGUCACGGGGCGUGUCCCGGCCCCGGCCCCGCCCCCUCCCCCUGCACCAGGUGAGCUCCCCACUGACCUCAGGUGGGCCUUUACCUGGACCUGUCGCCCUGGUACCACCUGAUGCCCCAGGGUCACGGGGCAACACGGCGCUGACGCGGACCCUUCGGCCCAUCCUACCCCUGCUUCACCGUGGCCACCGUCCGAACCGGCAGGUCCACCACGGGGCCAUCCUCAGUGCGGACCAACACCGGGCAAGGCUGCACCCUUGCCCCGGUCUCUCCUGCCUCCCUGCCGCACUUCACUGCCAACAAGUUCCCGCUGGAGUUCGCAAGGUCACUCAACCGCAGUCGUCGAGUGUAAAUACUCGGACAACACUUGUGUUUGUGUGCACGGAGUCUGAGCUCUAA